GCAUGAAAUAGUAGUAGUUUCUACAUUAGUAUUACAAAAUGCUUACAACAUUGCAAGACUUUCUUUUAAACUCCACAUACAAGCAACUCUUUUCCCAUUUGUUCAAUUCAUAUUUUCUCAAAAGCUUUACACAUGAUUACAUUCUUGGCAUUGUUGUUGCCUUAUUUGUUGUUCUUGUUGCUACAAUUUCAUUCUUUGUUAAAAGGAAACCUAAAGGCUGCUUAGACCCAAAAAGAUACAAGGAAUUUAUGCUAAUUCAGAGAACAAAAGUAAGUCAUAACACUGACAUUUUUAGGUUUGCACUUCCUAUGCCUAAAUCUAUAUUGGGUCUUCCCGUUGGUCAACACAUCAAAUGCAGGGGAAAGGAUAGUGAGGGUGAAGAAGUUGUUAGAUCCUAUACUCCAAUAACUUUGGACUCGGAUAUUGGCUACUUUGAACUUCUUGUAAAGAUGUAUCCCCAAGGAAGAAUGUCACACCAUUUCAGACAAAUGAGAAAGGGUGAUUUCUUACCUGUUAUAGGACCCAAGGGAAGAUUCAAGUAUCAACCGGGCAAAGUUAGAGCAUUUGGUAUGCUUGCUGGAGGUACUGGCAUCACUCCUAUGUUUCAGAUUACGAGAGCUAUACUGGAAAACCCGAAAGACUUGACAAAAAUCCAUCUCAUUUAUGCUAAUAAAACAGCUGAUGACAUUCUUCUCAAGGAAGAUCUUGAUGGUUUCGCCUCCAAAUACCCAGAUCGUUUCAAGGUCUAUUAUGUUGUGUCCGAGCCUCCUCCGAACUGGGAUGCUGGUAUUGGGCAUAUAUCCAAGGAAAUGAUACAAGAGCAUUGCCCUAGACCGUCAGCUGAUGUAAUGAUACUGAGGUGCGGACCGCCAGGAAUGAACAAGGCCACGGAAGCUUACCUCAAUGAGCUUGGAUACACUUCAGAAAUGCAAUUUCAGUUCUAAUAUACAGCUAUGUAAAUAAUAAAAUGAAUCAAUU